AUGUCGUCCUGGCUUCAGCGCCAGGGUAGCUCCCAUCAGUCGCAGCUGGCUGCUACGGCCGUACUCUCGGGCGCCGCAGUCGCUGGCGUCAUUCUCGGCUACCAAGCGCUUCGGCGAAAAGAAGCCGUCCAGCAGCUCAAGGCCUCCAUUCCGAGUAUUGACGAACAGCAUCACGCAGAGAAGCUCACAGAUUAUGGAGUCUCCGCCGCCACGCAACUGAGCAAAGAAGACGAGCGCAGCGCCGCUCUCGCCCGUCGAGCACAAGAAGGCGAUUACGAUGACGACCUCAUCCUCGAACAACUCGCCCGGAACCGCGUCUUCCUGACGGACGAGGGCCUCGCGAAGCUCCGAUCCUCCUACAUCGUGGUCGUCGGCUGCGGCGGGGUGGGCUCGCACGCGGUGGCCGCGCUGGCACGCUCAGGCGUGUCCAAGAUCCGGCUGAUCGACUUCGACCAGGUGACGCUCUCGUCGCUGAACCGGCACGCGCUGGCGACGCUGGCGGACGUCGGCACGCCCAAGGUGCACUGCAUCCGCAAACGCCUGGAGCAGAUCGUGCCGUGGGUGAAAUUCGACUGCCGCAACGAGCUGUUCGGCGGGUCGGUGGCCGAGAAGCUGCUGGCGCCGUGGGCGCAGAACGACGGCGACAAGGGCCGCAAGCCGGACUUCGUGCUCGACUGCAUCGACAACAUCACCUCCAAGGUGGAGCUGCUGCACCACUGCCACACCCAGGGGAUCCCCGUCAUCUCCGCCAUGGGCGCCGGCUGCAAGUCGGACCCGACCCGCGUGACGGUCGGGGACAUAUCGCACAGCACGGACGACCCGCUGUCGCGCAGCACGCGCCGCCGCCUUAAGCUCCUCGGCGUGACGACCGGCAUCCCCGUGGUCUUCUCCACCGAAAAGCCGGGCCCCGGGAAGGCGACCCUGCUGCCGCUGGCCGAGGAGGAGUUCUCCAAGGGCCAGGUGGGCGAGCUGAGCGUGCUGCCGGACUUCCGCGCGCGCAUCUUGCCCGUGCUGGGCACCAUGCCCGCCGUGUUCGGCUACACCCUCGCCAACCACGUCAUCUGCGCCAUCGCCGGCUACCCGCAGGACUACAGUAUCGGCGGCAAGGGCCGCGACAAGCUGUACGACGGCGUCCUGGCCGCCCUGCAGGGCACCCACGAGCGUCUGGCCCGCGCCGAGUACGGGCCCACCCUCGUUGGCCUGCGGUUGCCCGUCAGCAAGGAUGAUGUCGGCUACCUGGUCGACGAGAUUUGGCGCGGCAAGAGCGCCGUCAGCGGUCUCCCCAGUCGCGUCUGCCUGGUGCCCUGGGAGCGGCCGCCGCGCGGCUUCGCCCCGGACCCGGAGUGGAUGCAGCAGGGCCAGACCUAUGUGCCUGUCGAGAUGAAGAACCUGGUCUGCAUGACCAAGGAUGAGGCUACCCGCCAUGAGAAGGAGGUUCUGCUCGGGGGCAAGGCGCUCGAGGAGCUGUAUGAUGAAAAGACGAUCGAGAUGGUGCGGAAGCGCCAGAAGGAGAUCGAGUUCUACGAACAAUAUCGGUGA